CACAUUUUAUUCGCUUUAUAUUAUUGCGUUUUAAUAAAAUUAUAAGCGCGUUCAGGGAGCAUCACGGCGGAGAUGAUUAGAUGAAUAGGAAGAUAACGCGGAUAGCGCACAUGGUAAGAGAUGAGUGUACGAAAGAUUUACGGCACGUACGGAAAUAGCAGCCUCCGUUCAGCUCCAGAUUUCAGCGGAAAUGCCGGGGAUUGUCUGCACCGAAUAGUUAACGUUUCGCGCUCGGUUUUCGUCGCAGCAUCGUUCGCACGUACGCUCAUCAUCAGCAACUGAAUUACAGUUACAUUCCGAGGUGAUGUCGUAGCAGCUGAACGUGUUAGAAAAUUAUGACAAUUACUUCAAAAGACUGUAAUUGUUAUAAGAAAAUAGCUUAUUGCUCUCUUUUUCCUCCUCCAACUUUCCAAUUACUUAAAAAUCGCAUUGUCGCGCCGCAAGGGGAAAAACACACCGCGAGUGUGACUGCCCCGUGAAAUGACGAAGUCGUCGGUUGACGCAGCAGCGUCUGGUGAUGAUAAGACGACACCGUCGAACAUCGCCGGAACAAGGAAGGAACAGGAAGUUCCGCAAGAAGAGAAUUUGCGGUCGGGGAUUUUCUUCAUUUCCCCCUUCCCGCUGAACGAAGACGCCGUAACGUUCGCAGUAACUGAGGGAGAACCCACGAGGAGGAGAUUAAUGGAAGCUAAAUAUAUAACGCUGUUUUAUAAACACUCGCGGGUAUCCCGAGUUACACGAGGAACCAGAAUAGUCGUCUAAGUGUUCGGUAUUAGCGAACAAGAGCGGCCGAUGUGCGCACGUCAGGAAGUCAUUAAUUCCGCGAGAGAACUGACGAGAGAACUGAUCAUCCAUCGUCAGGCCGGCCCAGUUGCGAUGUUUACCAUUUUUCGGUCAUCCGAUCAUCAUCUCCUUCUGGCCAGUUGAGUGAUUGUUUGGUCAAGCAGCUAGCGAUUCGACGAAGUAUAAGUUUACCGUGCGCGCAAGACUCGCAGUGUGUUAUCGAGGAACGUGGCCACUUGGAGGAUGCCGUCGAGCUGAUUUGGAGAAGCAGUUGCUCUCCGUACGUAUUGUCAUGCGAUUACACCAUCCGUAGUUCCAGUUCGCUCGGGCCGGACGAUCUCCGCGAGGGCGCAGCCCGCAAAUCAUGUCGAUUCUCAGCAAGAAGAAGUUCUUCGAGAGACUCUCAGGCAGCCGGUUAACGCGGGAGGUCCCGAGAAUGGAGACCGCCAACAACCGAACGCCGUCCAUCGUGGUCAACAAUGAGGAAGAACACGAGGACAUUUGGAUGAACGAGAUUGACCGCGGCAGUAUCUCGUCCGAGGACACCUCCGACUCCAUCAGGUGUCACAUACGAGCGGCGCCGAUGAUGCAAGAACAACCCUGGAGCAAGGACGAGGUCGAGCUGGCGUUGUCAAACCUUCCCGGAGGUGAGACCGCUCUAUCGCUGAUCCCGACUCUUCAGGAUGACGCUCUGCAGCGGGCGCUGGAGGAGUUCCAGUUCCUCACACUCAACGAAACCGCGAACUGCAAGCAGCGCAAAGUUUCACUGCCUACAUUCGCGAACGGAUUCAUGCGGAAGGCCCUGCUGGCCAGCGAAAACGGAGCGGCGGCCGCUGCGACUCCCGGUCAGCUACUUGCGGGAUGGCCGGACACAUGUUUGAUGAUUUCCUGUUGGUUGGGUCACGCGGAGAUUGCGAAGGCUCUGUUGGAGAAAGGCGCACCGGUAUCUUCGAAAGACAACGAUGGAAGAAUGCCAUUGCACAUGGCCGCUUGCGCCGCAUCCGUGAAGAUCGUGGAAGAACUACUGAAACACGGGGCUAAUCCGAAUGAGUGGGACCUCGGGAAGAAAUGCACGCCGUUGCACUGUGCCGCGGCGGCAGGUUGCGUCACUACCGUCAAGUGUCUGAUUAAGUCGGGCGCGAACGUGGAUGCCGGAUUAUCCGGAAGAAGUCCGCUGCACUAUGCCGUGCUGAACAACGCCGGGGAUUGUGUCGAAGCUCUACUGCAAGCAGGUGCUUGUCCCAAUAAUCCACAGGUUUAUACGGAGACUCCAUUGCACGUGGCAGCUAGUUUGGGCAACGUGCGUUGCACCAAAUUGCUAUUAAGCUACGGGGCGGACGUGAGGGUGCAAUUGGGUACCGCGAGAUCGACGCCUUUACACUUAGCCGCCGAGGAAGGCAGCGCAGAGUGUACGAAAUUGUUGCUAAAUGCAGGCGCAGCCUGGGACGCGAAGAACUCACGCGGUCAGACGGCGAUGCACCUGGCGGCACUCGCCCAGUCCGUGGAGACGUUAGACGUACUAAUAAGCGCUGGCGCGAGAGUAAACGUGGAGGAUGACGACGGACGCACGCCUCUGCACGCUGCGGUCGCGAAAGCCUUGAGAGGUAGCGAGCUGGUGAAGACUCUGAUACAGGCAGGCGCCUCGGUGAACAAGGCGGACAAGUUUGGCUACACGCCGCUGCACAUCGCCGCCUUAAACGAGAGCUCGCCCACGGUGGUGAUGCUGUUGUUGAAGGGCGCGGACGUUACGGCGCGUACGAAGGGCGGCGUCACCGCCCUCAGCUUCAUCAUACGCCGCACUCCAGACGUACUGCCGCGCUUCGUGGCACGUCUCGACCAAGCGAUCUCGUUGCACGAUCACGAGCUGGGCGACGUGGACUGCGAGCUGCGGCUGGACUUCCGGCCGCUGGUGCCGGGAGGCCGUGGCGAGACGGACCUGAUGCUCUGCCUGGUAGAAGUCGGCCAAGGGCACGUGCUGAAGCACCCGCUGUGCGAGAGCUUUCUCUACCUCAAGUGGCUGCGCAUCCGUAAGUUCUUCCUGCUGAGUCUCGUCUUCCACUCGAUCUUCAUUGCCCUCUUCACCGGUUACGUCAGCGCGACGUAUCUCUGGCAGGUGAAACGACUCAGCGGCGUCCUUCUGUGGCCGGUGCUGGGCUUCACCUGCAUGCUCGCGUGCAAGGAGCUCUUUCAGAUCGUCCACGGUAUCUGCUGCUACGCCAAACGCUGGGAGAACUGGCUGCAGUGGAGCGUGAUCCUCGCGUCGGCCGUGAUUCUGAUCCCGCCGGUGCGCCCGUGGCAGUAUCACGUGGCCGCCCUGGGCAUACUGCUGGCAUGGAUCGAACUGAUGAUGGUGGUCGGCCGCUUCCCCAUGUUCGGCAUCUACAUACAAAUGUUCACGCAAGUGUCCAUCAACUUCUUCAAGUUCCUCGCGGCCUACGUGUGCCUCGUGAUCGGCUUCUCCCUCGGGUUCAGCGUACUGCACAAGAACUACAAGUCGUUCACCGAUCCGCUGAUCAGCCUUCUCAAGACGGUGAUCAUGAUGUCGGGCGAGCUCGAGUUCGAGGACGUCUUCUUUGACGAGGAGGCGCCGCUCAUGUAUCCCGGCACGGCGCACCUCAUGCUCCUCAGCUUCGUCAUCCUGGUGACGGUGAUACUGACGAAUCUGAUGGUCGGCCUGGCCGUGUCGGACAUUCAGGAGCUGCGCAGGUGUGCCGGCCUCGACCGGCUGGUACGGCGCGCCGAGCUCGUGGCACACCUCGAGAGCAUGCUCUUCUCGAAACUGCUGGACCGCGCUCCCGCGAGGAUAAUACGGAUGUGCAGACGGGGCGCUCUGCUUCUACACCCGCCGUACCACUGCGCCCUGCACAUCCGGCCGAACGAUCCGCGCGAGAAACGCCUGCCCCGCGAACUCGUCAGGGCAGUGUACCGCCUGGUCAGCGAGAAAAGGACGCGCCGAACGACGUUCAGGAGCAGUGCGCCGCCUUCAUCGCUGCGGAACGCCGCGGCGGACUCGAGUCAAGCGAGAUUCAGCAGGAUGUACAGCAACGAGAGUAGCCACCAGCAGCUAAGCGAUCUGGCAGCCGAGUUGAAGAGGUGCUCGUACAACAUCAGCACGCGGUUGGACAGUCUAACCGACAAGAUGGAGAGCAUCGCCCGCGAGGUAGACGUGACAAUGAACUACUCGCAGACCUAUUGCUCGCCAACCGGAGCGUGUUGAAUUGAUUGGAGCAAAGAAACAAUUUUGGAUUCGCGAUGAAAUGUCUGAGAACGUCGACAAGGUUCAAAAUCGGUCAGUUAAAAUACGGGAGAAAACAAGAAUCCGGGAACCUGGCGAUUCGAGAAGCUAAUCGCGUGUGGCGGAUGAUUGGAGAGAGCGAAACACGAAUUAAGAUCGAUUGCCCGGGAAAAACUUCCAUGAUCAGUCAUCGCUGAAUGACUAAUGAGUUUAUCAUUAGUUCCUAGACAUUAGAUUCUAGACGGAUCUUUUGCUUUUUCUUGAAAAGCGAAUUUGCUUUUCAAAUUUCACGUUAUUAAUCAUAUUAUUAAAUUUAUUCUUGUAUUUUAAUCCUACUAUUAAUCUUAUUUUUAAAUUU